CCGGUGCACGGCCGCUGGUUCCAGCUCCCCAACCCCGGCACCUACACGGCGCAGAUCAGGGCCAAGGUCAGGGCCAAGCGCUGGACGGCGUGGAGCCCGCCGCAGACCUUCGCGUGUGACCCCGACGAGAGCUCGCACACGCGCGCGUGGCGGACCGCGGUGCUGGCGGCCCUGGGGGCGCUGCUGCUUGUGCUGGCGGUGGUCGUGGUCUGCAGAAG